AUCAACAACAUAAACACGCAUUAUACGAAAACAUUAUUGUGGAUCAGAUUGCGUUGAAAGAAGGAAUUUCAAAAUACAACUUGGCGUUUGUAGAUUCAGGCGGAAAAUUUGGAACUUAAUCAUAAGAUUUCUAACUUAGAGUCAGCAAAAUUUAAGAUAUAUUACGAGAAUGGAAGAAGAGCAAAAUGAGCAUGGCAACGAGCAAAUAAACAUUGAAAAUCAAGUUGGAACUUUCACAAACCUCCUGAAUAAAAUGCCGAAACAUAUGUUGACGUUUGCAAAAGCCCUUCAAUCUCUUUAUUACGAAAAGAAAGUUGGUAGUUCCUUUGAUACCAACAACUCCGAAGUUGUUCAGGAAUUUAAAAAAAUGCGAGACGAAACAAGAGACGACGCCUUUAAAUAUUUAAAAGUCCACCUGCCCUUGGUGGAAAAGUUAUUAACCUGUAUUCAACAUUUCUUUCAAUAUUACCAAGUUCUAUCGUACGAAGAUUGGGGAGAUAGUUUAAAAGAAAUUUGCGAUGAUGUUCGUCAUAACAAAGAAAAUGCACUAAUUGUUGCAGAAUUACACGAGAAAAUGGAACUGAAGGAACGUCUCAACAGUGCAAAAGGAACUUUUCAAAAAAUAAUGUUGGAUGACGAUUUAAAGAAAAAAAUAGAGAAGAACGAACAGGAGGCGGAAUUAUGUAAUAACUCGGAACCUUCCAAUUUACAUCCAAUUUUUAGUUUUCUUUCUGAAAAUUUUUCAAAAAUAAGGAAGAAGAUAUUUUUAGCAAACGCAGUUGCAGCUAAAAAUGAGUUAGAGAUACGGCAUGAAGCAGUCUCAGCUGUGACCAACACACUGAUUGAAGCAUUGAACGAGUCUAUAACAUGUGUUAAGACAAUAGUAAGCUUCUUUUCCAUCAUUGAGAAAGAUAUAGAAUACUGCAUUAAGGCGAAUAAUAAGUCGAGCAGUGAGAGCCAUGUGAGACGUCAUUUUCAAGUAAUGAAAGGGAAAAGCCAAGAUAUCGGCAAUAAAAUUCAAAUGUUCUUUGCGUCUUUACCUACCAUUUAUAGCUCUAUCAAAGCAAUUCCUAUGGAGGAUAUUGACCAGAAUUAUGUUGAAGAGUGGCUGAACGAUAAACUUGAAGAAAUCGCUAACGAAAUGGAAACACACAAAGGAAUGAUGAAUAGAAUGAUUGAUUUCAUUUCUAACCGUGUUCCACGUGUCAAAUUGAGACAAAAUACCCCUGCUCUCCCACCAAGUAGAGACUUAGAUGGUUCUUCACUUCCCUGAUUUAAUCGCUUCUUCAACCAACCAGAACAACAUAAUAAAGAACGCAUUUUCAUUAUUAAACUUUGCAUGGAAAAAAUUUAUCCGACAGGACUGUAGCCACCCUGAAGUGGCUGCACACUUUAUUAAAAAAUAUUAUUUAAGUAAGUGUAUGGUUUAAAUAAUAUUUAUGAUAUUAGUAAUUACUAGCACCGAAGUACUAAUAAGUACUUAAGUAGCAGCCUCGUCCCCUGGCGCACUGAUGCCUUGCUUUGAAUUUGAUGUUUUGAACUAUUUGUGCAAAAAAGCGCAACGCGGGACGACACGCGCGAACAAAAAUUGGGAAAAUCGCGGGUCGAUUCCAUAAGUAAUUGAUUAUAAAAAUAGAUUUUCUUAUCCUCCAAAUCUUCUAGUGUUAUAUCUGGUCUUCAAGCUUUACAUGUUGUUCUCAUUUUCUAUUCCCAAUUCCAUCACAUGCGCUUUGGUCUCCGCAAAAUCGACAAUUGUCAUUCUCAUUCAUUCCUUAAGUCUUUUUUCAUGCAUUCGUAUGUAACAUUUGUCCUUGUAGUGUAAAUAUAGCAGCUACUUGUCAUGCAUUUAUGUUACACCUUAACCACCCAUGAAGAUCUUUACCAUAUCCUGCUAGGAUUUGACUUUGCACUUUCAGAUAAGGCCAUAACAACUAAAAACAAUAGUCUGUUUAUCCUAGAACUGACGGUUGUGUAUAGAACCAAUCUUAGGAAGCAUUGUAAAUAUAAAGAGCUCAUUUCUGAUAUUAGGAAAAAAAUUAAAUUGGUAAAAUCAUUAAA